AUGUAUUCUCAAUUGCUCAAAGAAAUUCUUCUUGAAGACGAAUAUGAUGAACAACAAAAGAAAACACUGGUUAAUUUUUGCCGCGAUCAUUAUGCUGGUAAUAAUUCUGAAUUAAAAAUAAUCGAUGAAUUCGAGCAAAAAUACCCUGAACCAUCGGAUAUUUGGUGGUAUACGCGUGAAUGUUUUCUUUAUCGAAUGGUCAAUAAAGCUUUGCGAACACAAGACAUCGAAGUAAUCAUGAAAAUGGGAUUUUUUAUUCGGGGUCUUCAUCAACACAUUGAACAAUUUCAUUCACAACAAAUAUAUCAGAGAUCAUUGAUCGUUUAUCGAGGACAAGGAAUGGCUCAAACCGAAUUCGAAAAAAUCUACAGCAACAAAGGUGGCCUUCUCGCUUUCAAUAGUUUCCUAUCCACUUCCAUCGUUCGAGAUGUUUCGUCAAGAUUCGCUCAUGUUGCUCGAGAUAAGUAUAACCUUACGGGUAUUCUCUUUAUAAUCAAGAUCGAUCAACUUCAAUUCAAUACACCGUUUGCUUCCAUUGACAACUUCAGUUACUUCAAAGGUCAAGAAAAAGAAAUUCUCUUUUCGAUGCACGACAUCUUUCGAAUUGAAGAGAUCAAACAAAUUGAACCAAAAUUAUUCCAAAUUAAUCUCACUCUCACCAAUGACAAUGACCAACAACUCGCUGAACUGACUAAGUAUACACGAGAAACGACUCGAGGACAAGCAAGAGUUCACCGAUUGGGUUCAUUGAUGAUCGCAAUGGGCGAGUUUGACAAGGCCGAAGAAAUCUAUAUUACACUUUUUGACAAAACAUCUGACAACGAACGAGAAGAACUCGGCUUUCUUCACAAUCAACUCGGAUUGAUCAAGUGGGAGAAACGAGAUCUGUCGGGUGCGCUUUCUCAGUUCCAGCAAUCUCUCGACAUCUACUUGACUCUUCAAUCAUCAAAUAGUCCUAAACUGUCUUCUCUCUAUGCCAACAUCGGUACUGUUCUUCAGGAGAAAGGCGAUCUCGAUAAUGCAUUAAAACACUUAAAAUUUGCUCUCAACAUCGAUGUUCACGCACCCCACGUCUCUCCGCACCAUAUUGCUACUCGACACAAUAAUAUUGGAUUGGUGCUCGACAAACAAGGCCAAUAUGAGGAAGCACUCAAAAGCUAUCAGCGUGCGCUCGAAAUCGAACUCGUUUAUCUUCUUCCUUUUCAUCCAUUGCUCGCUAACACUUACAACAAUAUUGGUUUAGUUCAUCAAAAGAUGGGAGAUAACCCAACUGCACUCAUUUACUAUCAAAAAACACUUGAAAUCUUCGAAAGAUCUCUAUCACCAAAUCAUCCAUCAUUGGCUACCAUCCAUCACAACAUGGCAUAUGCAUUCAACCACAUCCACCAAAUUAGAAAAGCAAUUGAACAUGCUAAACAAGCUGUAGACAUUGGUCGUCGCUCACUCAGCUCUGAUCAUCCUCUAGUGCAGCAAUAUGAGCAAGAUCUUCGUGAACUUGAACGACAAGUGUAAUUUUAUUUGUCAAUAUGCAGCACAUUUGUUCACCUGAACACAUAAUUAAUAAUAUUUCUGUUUGCCGUCUGUUUGAAGGCUUUGACCGAAUUUUCUCUUCUCAUCGACAAACUCAUCACAUCGGCUAAGUUCCAUGAAGUUAUUUUAGUUUCAAUCUCAGAUGUAAUUCUUUCUUUCAAGUACACCCACGCCCACACCCCCAAGUGUAAGCCCAUAAUAAACUACAGUAUUAAAAAAGUGUUCCAUUUUAUUUUCAUAAUUUAAU